GUCCUCUCUGACAUCGAAAAGACUAUCAGUGGAUUUUCCCAUAUAAGAAAUAACCCGAGACAAUAAUGAAUACUCGACUGUAGAUAUGUCUCAUCACUGUGCUGUUUAGAUUGUCCAUCUAUCAAAGAGUUCGAUAAAACGAGAGCCCAGAAGUGCAAGAGGUUAGUCCACUAAUUGUGUAAAAAUAUGUCUGGCUUCGAGGAAAAUCCCUUUGGCGAGCCAACUGUCAACGAUCCAUUCUCGGAUCCCUCGGUGCAGCGUGCAGUUGGCACGAAUCCUGCACCUCGAGGAAUUGAGGAUUACAAUCCAUUUGCUGAGCCUGGAUCACAAGCAAAUGCCCAGCAAGUUCGUGGUGCGUCAAAUCCACCCCUUUAUGGCGGUUACGGAGCAACACUCAUUCCAGCCACAUUACCGGCCACAAAUCAAGAUCCACCACCUCCGGCAUAUGCACGAUCACCACAGCAGACUGUUCCUCCAACGUUGUCACCUAGUGCUGAGCAACAGAGAGCUGAGCAGGAGUGGAAAGCCAGAACUGAGGAGGAGACGAGACGACCGGCAUAUCCUCCUAACGGAAAUAAUUGGCCACCAUUACCCGACAAGUGCUGCUUCCAGCCGUGCUUUUACCAAGACAUUGACUUCGAAAUUCAGCCAGAUUUUCAAAGAAUCGUUAGGCACCUGUACUACCUCUGGAUGUUUCAUGGUUUAGUAUUACUACUGAAUGUAGUGGGGGGAUUGGCCCUAUUGCUGGCAAAAGGGGAGUUCGGAACAUUCGGUCUCGGUAUUCUCUACUUCAUCCUUUUCACACCAUUCUCAUUCAUCUGCUGGUUCCGGCCGGCGUACAAAGCAUUCAAGAGCGACAGCUCCAUCAACUUCAUGGUGUUUUUCUUCAUAUUUUUCUUCCAGCUCGUUGUCACGAGUAUUCAAGCUAUUGGAAUACCUGGCAUUGGCACAUGUGGUCUCAUCAAGGCGAUAAACUCUUUCGGUAGCAGUGCAAAGGAUACUUUCAUUGGCAUUCUCUUAUUAUUGAUCGCUAUUUGUUACUGUGUAGCUGUCGCCGGUGACCUUCUACUUCUUUCCAAGAUUCACCGAAUGUAUCGUUCCUCGCCAGCAAGUAUGUCGAAAGCCCAGCAAGAGUUCACCACGACUUUCCUAAGAAAUGAGCAUGUUCAAAAUGCAGCUGGUGAUGUAGCUGCAAGUGCUGUUCGGGCCCAAAUGGCGAACGCCACUCAGCCGCGCUACUGAACAUGAACAUUUUGUGAGUCCAUUGAAGAAAGAAAAAUCAAUAACUAAAAUAAGGAAAAAAAAUUCGAUGUAGAUAUUGCGUCUCACCCACCAUAGUUCAGCUCGACGAGUAGAAUUGCUCUCCUCUGAAGCUCUGAUGUAUGCAUACUAGCAUCCGAAUGCAAUUUGCAUCUCUUUGUCUACCCAGAGUGGCUGACAUUUAUCAGAGGGCUCUUGGCUUUCUUGUUAAUCAUAAAAGAAUGAACAGAAACAAUCAAUUUGAUGCAGAGAGAGAGAGAGAGAGGGGGGGGGGAGAAAUGCACGUGAACAUUGAUAACAUUAGUAUUGAAUAUGUGUCGCGUUUAUUGCUUUAUUGACUCUUUCGAGGUUUAUCGUUAUUGUUUCCACGAAACUUGUGAGUAUUAAUCGAUAUAUCAUUGGUGAACUGAGAAUUUAAUGUGAGGAGACUUUUCAAAGUUAUUUCUGGUGAUAAUGACCACAUUGAAUGUAAUUAUACGUACACUAUUGCAUUAUAUGCACAGCCAUUCUGGCGACUUUUUUCUUUGUUAACGAGCUCUGUUGAAUUAGUAGCAUUGAGUAUUUAAUUAAUUAAAAUUUAUUCUUUUGGGUUAAAACUAGUCUCACGAUUUAAAGUUAUUCGAGGAAUAAACGACUGCGUUUGUUUUACUUUCUACUGUCUUCGUCAUUGGAAAAAUAAAUUGUUUGACAGUAUAUCAAAAAAAAUGAAAAUUAUUAGAAGGACCAGAUGAUGAUAGACCGGUUAUUUGGACACGAGUAUGUAUCGUUAUUUUUAUAUAGUCUCUAGGGAAAUGUGAGAGGAUACGGAGUCAGGGAGUCCCACAUGAAUUCGUACUCAUAAAAUGUUUGAUUAUAGUACACCAACAAUAAACAGGUUAAUUUUUACAAGGAUGUCGUUAUUAAAACUGUGAGAAUUUAUGUUUAGUUCGUUAGGCCUAUGGGACUUUUCGUUACAUUAGAUGAAUAAAUCAUUUUAAUUAAUAUUUUAAUGGAAGAGAGGAUAUUUGAGGGUUUAAAAAAAUUGAAAAUUCGUGUCAAGGGGUGAAUGGAAUGAUAAUGGAGGGCCUGUUGUUGAUAUUGAGAUGUAUUCUUUAUGCGAGUGAAUAUUAAUUACUAUUGAUUGUCCGAUGAGGAGUCCAGCAGGUGCUCUAAGCCGAGUAAUUCGAGUAGUUCCGUUGCUGGACAAAAAAAGAGAGUAAAGAAAUAAAUUGACCGAGCAUGUGAGUUGAUCAGUGAAAAAAAUAUAAAAGUUCUAACUUUCUUGAUUAAAUACCGCCAUUGGAUCCUUGGGGAAUGGACAGCCAGCGUCAUUGUACGUGGCUAUUGUACCAACAAGUUGAGCUGCAACUAUUGCGUCCAUAAUAUCGACUUCCUUCUUGUACAUUAAUCUUGCAUGGCCCUCCGCCAAUCUUAAAUAUCGAAAUGGAGUCUUAUUAAUUGAUCAAUAUAAUAAAGUUGUACGAUUAACCAGGAGAA